UGGACUAAAGAUGGGGGAGCAAGUUGGUUGGCUAGAGGCUAACAGAGGAGACUGGGCGGCCAUCUUGGAUUCCCAGACCCAGACGGGUGCAGUCAAUGGCCUGGGCGAUGACAUCACAGAGCAGGCCAGGACCAGAGGCAACAUAGUGGUCAGUGGAUGGGACAGUGUCCUCAACUCUGGGCUGGGGAACAACACUGUUAACCACAACCAGAAACAGACUGUCGAACACAAAACAACAGCUGAACUUAGUCUUCAUGACAACAGACUGGCUGAGACCAGGGUGAGGUGUAGAUUUGGUCCGCGGGGACGGGGUGGUGUUUGUAUGAGAACAGACACAGACUCAGCUAGUGAUGCUCCGUCCUGCUCCUAUAGUUGUGAUUCAGAGAGACUGAUGGAGCCUCAGGUUAACCCCCUAACAGAUGCUGCCUUCAGCCUGCCUUCUAUAGGAUCUAUCAACUGGAACAUGGACCCUGCGACAACACAGACACUCCCUGGCCUUCAUCCUCCUCACACUCUCCUAAUGUUAAACCAGACCUCAGACAAUGCCAGUGCCUCAACACUAAAUGGCUACACAAGCCCAUUGACCAAUGACAGUAGUACAGACGGAAUCAGUAAAGGUGGCAUCGCCAAAGAGAAGCGCUUCCCGUGUUCGUUCUGUGGGAAAGCCUUCAGUUUCCCCAAACAAGUAGAGAUCCACCAGAGGAUUCACACAGGGGAGAAACCAUUCCGCUGCCACCUGUGCUGGGCCAGUUUUUCACACGAGUUCAGCCUGAAGAGACACCAGAGGGUUCAUACAGGGGAGAAACCAUUCAAUUGCCACCUGUGCCGGGCCAGUUUUUCACACUUGUUCAACCUGAAGAGGCACCAGAGUGUCCACACAGGGGAGAAAUCAUGAAGCUGCCCCAGUGUGAGAAGAGGUUCUCCCACCAGCACCAGCUGAAGAUGCACCUGAAGGUCCACAAGGGAGAUAGGCCGUUCGCCUGUACGCACUGCGGGAAGAGUUUCUCAGAGGAGAGACCUCAGGAUACACCAGCAGAAAACAUGGCCCAUGUAUAUAGAGUAUAGUGAUAUGUAGUACUAGUUAGUGUGUUUGUAGUUAAUUCUGUUGCUUUUGGAUGUAGUAGUGAACUGGAUGAGGUGAACUCCACCCAGCACAGCCAAAAGAGGACUGGCCACCCCUCAGAGCCUGGUUCCUCUAGCUUUCUUCCAAGGUUCCUGCCUUUCUAGGGAGUUUUUCAUAGCCACCGUGCUUUUACAUCAUGCAUUGCUUGCUGUUUGGGGUUUUAGGCUGGGUUUCUGUAUAGCACAUUGUGACAUCUGCUGAUGUAAAAAGGGCUUUAUAAAUACAUUUGAUUGAAAUGUGAUUGAACUGAGGAAAGAAUGAUUAUGAUGAGGCAGAGUAGAUGAUAUGGCGAUGGUUGGUGUGAUGUCAUUCUUCUUAGUGAAGUAUUUUUACCAACUUAGUCCCUUUAGGUUGACACUGGUGUUAUAGUGAGAUCAGGAUGGUGCCUUAUAAUGUUAAACCUUUUCCGAAGUAUUCUAAAAUUAAUUUGAUCAAAGUAAGGGUUCCAGAUUUACAGAAAAGGUACCAUAGUGAGAAAAGUUCAUUUACUUGAAUCGUUUUGUGCAAUAAAAGUACUGUACUUCA